AUGCCCAGCUUUCCCAACGAUGGUCAGGGCCAGGAAGAAGAAGUGGUCGAGCCUUUGCACUACUUUCACCAACCAUACAACCCACCAUCCUUGAAGCCAAAGAAGAAAGAGCGUGUCGAUAAAGUCAAGUCGACCUAUUCGGAUUCCCAGGGUUCUUCGAGCGGGCAGAGCGCCACACGCGGGAGCCAGUCGAACCUGCCCCUCCCUCGUUCCAACGCCCCUCGCCCGGACUCUUCACUCACGCUAGGGUCUGAGCUGGGUGCGCGUGGGAGGUCGUCCAUGUCGCAAAACCUUUCUCCCUCUCCCAGCGAUUCUCCUUCAACUUAUGGCCGUUCGCUUUCUACCAACCGGCGUUCACCUGAGAGCCGUCCCGUCUCGUACGUCGACUUGCUCAACAACAAUCCGUACAACCAUCAAGUAGCACAACCGCAGGACCUUACCCAGAGUUCUCUUAAGCACUUUGUUGGAAGCAAUGUUUCCCUUUUGGACACCAAGAAAACAUUGGAAAUGUACAGGGCAAAUGUCAAGAAAACCCCAGACCCAGCUGUGCAGCAUGAGUUUGCAAACUUUUUGAUAUCCGCUGCGACAGCCCUUCAAGCUAACGGACAGGCUGGUGAACUUGAUCCAGAAGAGUUGAUACGGGAAGCUCGGCACAUUCUGCAGAAGUUGGCAGACCGAAGCUAUCCGUUUGCGCAGUAUCUAUUGGCCGACGGAUAUGCCUCCGGAUUCUUCAACAAGGGUAAGGAGGACCAGGAACGCGCCUUUCCGCUUUUUGUUGCUGCGAGCAAGCAUGGUCACUCGGAGUCUUCCUACCGCGCGGCGUUGUGUUACGAGCACGGCUGGGGUUGCCGCAAGGAUCCUGCCAAAGCCGUCCAGUUCUAUCGGUCGUCAGCCUCCAAGGGUCAUGCUGGUGCGGCAACUAGGAUAGGCAAGGCGUGCUUCACAGGCGACAUGGGCCUGGGGAAGCGCUACCGCGAAGGCUUCACUUGGCUGAAACGGGCUGCCGAGACUGCCGACCAUCAGUACCGCGACGCGCCCUAUGAACUGGGUCUGCUCCAUGAGGACGGCUUCUUUGACGAGAGGAACCAGGAAAUUGUUUUCAAGCAGGAGUCUUACGCGGCGGAGCUUUACACGAAGGCGGCAGAGCUUGGACACCCGCUGGCGCUGAUGAAGAUGGGUGAGGCGUACGAGCAUGGCAAGAUGGGAUGUCCGCGUGAUCCGGCGCUCAGCGUGCAUUUCUACACGGGAGCGGCUGAACAGGGGUUCCCUGAAGCCAUGAUGGCCUUGUGUGCGUGGUAUCUCGUAGGAGCACCCCCAGUGCUGGAAAAGGACGAGGUCGAAGCGUACGAAUGGGCAAAGGGUGCAGCCGAACUCGGUUUGACCAAAGCCGAGUAUGCCGUAGGCUACUUUUCGGAAAUGGGUAUCGGAUGUCGUCGAGACACUCUCGAGGCGAACGUAUGGUACAUCCGCGCGAUGGAUCACGGCAGCGAUCUUGCCAAGAAGCGGCUCGAGAGGAUUAAGAACGCAGCAUCUGGCGGCGGGGCGCACGCGUCAGGCUCCUCGGAGACAGGUAAGGGUAGUAAGAAAGGAAAGGAAGACAAAGACUGUGUCGUUAUGUAG